AGUAAAAUGAAGAGUUAUAAUAUAGUUGUGCUGAAGCCAACUUGAAUUCACUACAGUGGUUGAGAAGAAUGGUCAAUUUAUCCCAUUUCAGUUUGUACCACGGUGACAAUGGCAAACAAAAUGAACUUACUCAGAACGGAGCACGUAUUGUGGUCACUCGUUCAUUCGACGACGAAAGCGGAUUGAAAUUUUCAGUUGUUCGACAAUGAAUACCAAAUCCCACAAUUUAUGUCCUCAGUUGUAGAAAAAACUGAUUCGAGUUUGUGAAUAUACCCAAAUACUCAGUUUUAAGACCUUAAAGUGUUUAUAUAAUGUCAAUGAAUAUUAAUAGUGGCACCGUUGUCAUAUUUUUAUCAGUGGCAUGUCCUGAAAUUUUGCCAAGGUUGACUUUUAGUUAAGUUACGCAAUGCUGUUAUAUUUCUGUCACUUUUGUUAUACAUAAAGAGUGAAUAUCACACUUUGUGAAACCAGUGGACCCUUCGACAGAGAUUGCAUAAUCUUGAAGAAUAUUCUCUUUUUAUCACAUUCAGCAAAGACUUGAGUCCUAAUCGUAUUGUCCAAAAGAACGGUUAAAGACAGAAAUCGAAGAAUUGCAGCAGUGCCACUCAUCAUAAGUAAACAAUCCUUGUUUCAAUAGCGUUCCUACACUUCAUUGAUCUUCAAAGCCAAGUGAAACAAAUAUACGUUUGCUUUAUAGGAUGGAAAGAAAUCACGGCGAAAUUGUCAAAAACCUGGAGACUCAAGAAAAUGUGACAGCGAGAAAGAACCUUUGAACUCGACCAAGCUUUCACAUUUUAACCUUCUUGUGAUGAAAGUUGUUUUCCUUUGGUGCACCAAGAAACCACACAAUUUCCUGGACCACCUCCCCGUCAUUUUCUGCCUGAGAGCUUUCUAAUAUUUUUGCAGAGGAUCAUUUCAUGUCGACAUUGAAAUUGUGAGUGGUUGAAGAAAAUAUCGCGACAUAAGAAGUUUUGAAGAGCAAUAUAUUCUUGUGAAGGACACCCUAAAAUUGGCUAGUUCUCCGAGUCACCAGUUUUGAAGUAUGUGCGAUAAGUUUGAACACUUGUACAUCGAAUAUGGUAAGUGUUGUAUGGAAAUCCGAGUUGAAGUGGAUGAGUAUCUUUUCUUGCCACGCACACAUAUACGCAGUAAUACCCACCCACCCACAAUAUAUGAUGGGGGCAGCUAGAUUUUAGGCUACAAGUUGUGUGAGACACCAUCCUUAUGUCGCGUGUGCAUUUGGGAUAAGACGACGACGAGUCUGACUGAUGUCGGGCGAAGUCUGUUAAAAUGGUUUCGGAUUUUGAACCAAAGUCUUAAGUGCACUGCACACAAGUGUAGCUACCAAGAUAUACAUAAGUACAUAUGCCUAUUUCACUGGUUAGGCUGGAUUGCAGACGAUACGAGGAAUAUGAGAACUCCAACCAGAGUAAAGUGUAUGCUAAAUAAGUGCACAUCCAGUGCAAAUGCUUCCUGAAAUAAAAAAAGAAAAGUCUGAAUUAAUUCUGGACAGAAUCUCCAGAAAGUCCGGCUUCCGGCAAAUGUAUCUAAAUAUGUAUACAUAUCUCCACACAAUGGUCUGUUAGGAUUCGAAGGUUGGAUUUUAAGAAAUGUAAAAUGACCAAUGCUUUUGUUAUAUGUAUGCAAGUUAGACUAUUAAAUUUAAAUGUACCCGUAACCUGUAUGGUUAUUAUACUGGUAAGUAAAUCGAUGCAACUGAGGAGUCAAGUCACUAUUUGUAGAUAAAUAUGGGCACACUGUACAUAUUUGUAUUUAGUUCUUGGAAGAAUAUGUUUGUUGGAUUACAAAACUACCAAGUGGGUUCAGUGAUAGGACUAAUUUUUGUUUAAAUAUCAUGACAAAACUUGCACAUACAUAAUCCAGAUGUGGAUUAGGCUCAUUUUUUUUCUAGGGAGUACCUUCUCCUAUCACCUAAAAUCCAUUCUGAUUAUAGGCAUGCAUUAUUCUGGGAAAAGGUAGAAAGAUGAUCCCAACAAAGUGCACGCAUUUUUGGUGUAUGCACAUAUUCCAGCCUUCCCGUCUCUGAGGAUGAGCCGGACUUUAAGAGGAUCGAGGAGGGCUGUGCUGGAUGGAAUGAAGCAAGAUUUUCCCCCAACAACUCAGAACAAGUUUCAGUUCCAGUCUUCUCGGUCCGGGUGAAGGACGCGUUUCAAAGUUAUCCUCCUCAUGCUACAUACUCAUGUUGGAGACUAUUCUCUCCAUGUAAUUGGACCGGAUUGAUUCUAUAUUAGCUCAUAACUCGUAUUUAACUAUUGCCAAGAAAUAAUCAGUGAUCAGAAUAAAAUCUAGUGUUUCUGGAUCAAGACAAAAACUGCUCUCGUGUUGUUUUGCAUAAAAGACUUGAAAUCAUAACCUGAUUGACUUUACUAUUAUUCGGACAUCACGCUGGAUAAAGGAUUCCCUUUGAAUACAUUGUCAUUGUCUUCCAUGCACGUGGGCUGGAGUGUAAGAAGAAUAUUUAACAAAGGGCAAACCAGAAUGCUUGAGUUUGGGUUGCCGAGUUUGAAGACGAGAAACGAAGAAGAAGAGUUGUCAGCCUAGAUAGAAUCAAGGAGAGGAAAAAGUGGAUCUCGGCGAAAUUGAGACGGACGACGUCGGUUUGUUUGAAAGUCUGAGGAAGCUCGUAUUAUAACUCACCAUGAGAUUGUUCCGUCGAAAAACUGAGAGAACCGUCCCAGCAGCUGCCGCGUGUCUGGUUAGCCUUUCUCCACUGCAGCCCUUGGAUUCCGCUGCUGCCGGUGGUGGUGCGAGUAUUGGAAAAAGCGUGAGAAAAAGUCAAAGCAAUGAUUCCAUUUUCAAGUCUUCAACAACCACAACGCGUCCACAAAUACUUCAUCUCAAUCUCAAGGGGGUAAAAAACAACAAGACUGCCUCUGGGUCAGACGGAAGUCCCAAAUCUCCUGUCAAGAAAGGGUUAAACGGAUUCGCAACAUGGGGACGGAAAAUGGGAAAAACAUGGAACCAGUUCAAGAACUCGAAUAAUGCAGCAGGUGAACUAACUGCAAGUGUGGAGGUUGUUGAUGGAUCGGGCAAGUUGAGAGAAAGUUCCACCAGAAAUGCAGGAGGAGGAGGUCAAAGGCAAUGGCGUCUUUCUCUGGGUGUGGGACACAGUAAUAAAGAAGAUCGUCAACGUCACCACCGGAAAAGCGAGGGUAAUGCUCUCCUAAGUCCUAAUCAUCAUCACCCAAUACCCCAUCAAGAAGACCAUCAUCGGGAGGGGAAUAAUCCUGGCAGAAAUGUUAAUCCUAAGGGGGACAUGGAGAGAUAUAGGGCUCUUUCAAGUGAUGCUGCUAAAAGCAAAACUCUCAACGGACGUCUUUAUAGGAAGCCGUCUUCUUCCGAGGAGAACUUGGGAGCUCUUCUUCUCCACUCGAAUAAAAAUAAGGAUCCCGGCGAUGAUGAGUAUUAUAUGAAUGCGAAAGGACAUUGCGUAAGAAAAUGUUCAACUCUUAAAGCACCAAAGUCUAAAGCCGUUGACCGGGUGGAGUCCAUCAAAGGAAUGAUUUUGUCCAGAGCUGGCAGAAGUCCUGCCAGACUGAGCAACAACAAUGCGAGUAAAAGACAUGAAGGUGGCGAAGUCAAAGACAAAAAACUACAGUUUCCGACCAGAUCAGACCACAACAGACAAUUAAAAAACAAUAAUAAUUCCCCACUCUUUAGAAGCUGUUCCACCUCGACGCUGCCCUCGUAUGUCGCAGGGGACGAUCCAGCCGCUGACAUUGACUUUAAAGAUUUCUCCCCAAAUAACCACCACCACCAAAAUAAUAAUAAAAUUCACAGUGGGACGGGAAACAAAGGAAAAAUGCUAAUGUUGGGUGCGUCACCAUGUUAUUAUUCGACUGCUUAUUCACCAUCCUCUCCCAUCACUAGGUCUCCCUCCAAGAAAGCAGUGAGCUUAGAUAACAUUGCCUCUGUAGGAAAUGACGUAACGACCCCACAAUCCUCAGCUAAUAAAAAGUGUUUUCCUUAUGGGUUCGUCCGCUCAAAAUUGUCUGUUUUGCAAGAAGAGUCACAGCAUCAACAUCCUCCAAAGUUGCUGGUGAGCAGCCUGAGCAGUGAUAGUGUUCAUCUUAAACUCGCUCCUGAUAAUAAUAACUUUUUGUGCAAACAAGCAGAGCAGAGUAAAUCAAAGACAAGUCUUUUAAAUAAUAAAUCCCAGUCGUCCUCCAAACUCUUGAUUCGUGACCAGAGUCCAAUGUCCAAAGGAGAAGCAAUCCUACUCAGAACAAAUCUCAUCGCCAAACAGCCCAUUUCUUUCUGUGGGACCAUCACUAAUAAGCAACAGCAGCAGAACAAGCAAGCAAACAAGCAAGGGCGAAAAAGUCACAGGAGCAGGAGCAAUAGCCCAGCAGCGUCAAAUUGCACCAUUAAAACAACGUUCCAAAAUCAAAAAGUUACAACAACAGAACAGCAGCAGCAGCAAAAGACAGGUGUUUCUCGUUCUUCGUCUUUCUGCUUCUUGUUGCCAAAAAAUGGCUGCAGUACCAGCAGCAUAAAAAGUGGUGGUUGUUCCAACAACAGCAACAGCUGUGAAAUGCUGGACUCUAUUCAAACUGUUCAACAAUCAUUUUACCAUGAUAAUAAUGUUGAUCAUCACGAUGAUGAGAACGGAAAAUCAAGGUCUGUGCAACAGACAUUAGAGAACAUGAGCAAACCUACUCUCCUUGGAGCAGCAGGAGGAACGACGACGAGGCAAAUUGAGAUUAAUAAGCAGCACACAAAUCCUGCUGGUGAUGCAAAUACGAAUGCAGAGCCAUCAAACUCUUGUCACCUUUCAGCCGUCGUCGUCUCAUGUCAAAGUCACCCCAAAGUUUCACCAUCCUCUGUGGGAUCAGGUCCCACGACGACACAAACACAAACCUUGUCUGGAGGAUCUACUUACAUUUCCUCCAACGAAUCUGGGUACGAUUCUGAUAAUGCAAAGAACGUAGAUGAGGGGAAUCCCAACCUGAAUUUUAAUGACUCUGGUGAAUCGAAAACCAUUGACUCCAGUGGAUCUUCCAGUGAACCUUCGAGCUCACCUUUGCAAUCCGACUCCCAGGCUGCUAAAUUAAAAUUACAAAUGCACUGUUCUGGCAUAGACGAGGGGACUUUUGAAGACCGUAAUAAACAACUGGGUCAUACUAAUGAAAAUGAAGGCUGGAUCGGUGUUAACGCAAUGGGACACAAUGCCGAGCUUAAAAUAACAAAGUCCAAAACGGCCGUUGUUCGCAGAAAGAGUGAUUUAGCGAACGCCAUCAUAGCACGACACAGUUUGAUCUCAACAACUGGCACCAACUCACCACCACCAUCGCCCUUUGAUUCCUUACACUCUUACAAAAGAGCAAGUCAAAAUGUUGAUGGAUGUUACGCAGAUCGACCUUCUCCGUGUCCUUUUCCUCAAAUGUCAUCAACGGAUUCUGCGACUCAUCCAAUUUCCUGCGGUGAAAGUAGGGCUUCUUCGUCCUCUUCUCAAUCCCAUCAUCAGCAGCCACACAUCCGCACAAGGAAGCUCGGCAGCUGCAUUCCGAUGGAGAGCAAAGAAAUUUUUCGAAUCUGCACUUCCAUGAGUAAAAGUGCACUUCCAUUCACUUCCAACUCUGCCCAAUCGACGUAUCUGCACAAGGACACGUUCAAUCCUCAUCAUCCUGCUUUCCCCACCACGACGAGUGGCAGCAGUCCUUAUGGAAAUCUGCCACCUCCUCCUCCUUCAACCUCGAGGAAACGGUUUCAACUGUUCCACAUAACAAAGGAUCCUCAUGAGCCGUUGGGAAUAGCGUUGCUCAGUUGUUUGGGUGAGAGUGGGGCCGUGGAACAUCAAGUGAAAGAUAUUCACCCAGCCUCAGCUGCACAACGUGAUGGGCGAAUUGAAGUCGGAGACGAGAUCGUAAACCUGAAUGCAACCCGAAUCCGAGGAAUGAAAUGUGAAGAUGCGACUGCUGUACUAAAUUCGGUAGCGUUUAAUUGUCCUCAGUUGGAAGUGUUGAUAGCUCGUGGUGCAAUAAAUACGGCCGAGUGUAGCACCCCCACCUCUUCUUCUUCUUAUGGUGGUGGUGACAUAACUUUGGGAGAUUUCUCCAACCCAGUAGGAAUUAAACCCAUGAGCCAAAGCCACCCAAGUUUUUAUGGAACGUAUAAUUCUCACUUGGACGAAAAGACCGUGAAAACUAGCGGUGGGACCGUCGCUACCAACAGCAUCAAAGAAGAAGACGAUGAAGAGGAAAGAACAAUGGGGGGAAAAACUGAGUCACCAAUGACUUCUCUGCUGAAUGAAUUAAAUCAGUUGCCAUAUAAUGCUUAUGCCAUUCCGAACAAUCCCAUUCCGUUCCAUGGUGGGCAUGUUUCAAGCAAAACUAAUCAAGGGUUUGCUGCUGUUGGCAAUAUGCAAUAUCCCAACAGUCCCACGAUCCACAAGCCUUCCAUCUCAAUUACACCUUGCUUUUUCAACUCCCCUUGCUCCAGCAAUUUUCUUGAUCCUGCUCAAUCAAUGGGUUCAUCCUCCUCACCCAUGGGCAAUUUUCCAUCUUCCAAUCAAUCGUUGCAUUUCAAUAAAAAGAAUAGACGACACAGCACGUUGACUUACUACAAUACAGAUGCAGAUGAUGCCAUGAACUCUGGACACGGACCAUUUCCUUAUCCUCACAGCCAAGCAGAGGCAGAUGCUCAAUACAAUGCCAGUACUAAUUACUACCUGACAACGACAAAUCUGUGUACUCUCCCAAGAAAAUCAAAAUCAAAGUCAUCCAACCUCAACCACCAUCCUCCGCCUCCUCCUACUUUCAGAAUUAUCACUGCUGUCCUAGAAAAGGGGCCAGGAAAGAAGAGUUUAGGAUUUUCCAUUGUCGGAGGACGAGAUUCGCCAAAGGGGAACCUUGGAAUCUUCAUAAAAACCAUCUUCCCCACUGGACAGGCAGCUGAGACCAAUUUACUGUUUGAAGGAGACGAAAUUCUACAAGUGAAUGCAGAGUCGUUCCAUGGGUUUUCACAUGCAGAAGCCAUCGGAGUUUUCAAGAAAAUAAAAACGGGCCCCGUAGUGCUUCACAUUUUACGGAGACCUAGUGUGGGGAAGCCCAAGUCCCCAAAGUCCAAGUCUUGUGAUGAUUUGGAAAGUAUUGAGUACAUUGACACUAAAAGCUAACCCUUCACACUAUAUCCUCAAAUUAUGGCAAUUGUCGCUCUAUGCAGCCGUUUUUCUCCAUGGAUAGUCAACACACUCUAUUACCAAAAAAUCGCUGAGGUGCUAAUUCAUCAACAACGAUGCUUAACGUAAUCUCCAAUCACAGACAAAGAUGGUCAACCACCAUGAAUUGAAGAAUAGCUCACUACACAUUGGAGCUAUUAAAAAUUGAUGACAUCAUACACGCCCAAGAAUUUACACUUUUGUAUUUUAGGUAAAAUAAUAUAUAUAAGAAGCCUUGCUGUUAGAAAAAUCACUAAAAUGCUCAAUUUUGUUUUAAUUGGUAUGCGCAUGCAUAUUAUGCAUGUUACGUAUCUUUAAAAACCAUGUUACCUUUGCGAAGAAAAUUUUUACUUUUAUUGAGGAAAGAAACUUUUAUUUUUUAGUAUGUAUACUUCAUGAAUCGUCUGUGUUUUGUUCUCGAAAAUCGCAGAAUAGCCGCUUGAAUUAUUUGCAUUCUAGUCGGAAUGUUAUACAAAACAUGUUUUACCUUUUAAUCGCACUAAUUGUAAGAUGGAUAUUUAAUUAUUUAUCAGGGAUGAAAAUUUCACUAUUUUGUUUAAGGCAUUUAUUUAUGUCGGCAUUUUAAGUAGUAUUUAAAGAACUUAUUGACAAGCUUAUAAUUUUUACUAUAGGAUUUUACCGCACAACAAGUUGAUCCCUGAACCAAAACCACCAAUGCUAGACAUAAAAAAAUAAUUUACACGUACACUAAAUACAUUAUUAACGAUAACUUGUUAUUAUUAGUAUUAUUAUAAUACAUUCUCAAUUUUUGUUUGUCAAUAAAUUUUAUACAUUUUUGUAAACAA